UCCUUUGUGUUAUACGCGUGGUUCAUCCCGUGAAAGCCUCUACUCUGAAGCAAGCUCAUACGGGACAAGUUGAUCUAUGUGCAGUUUUGUUUGUUCGUCAAGAUGAAGACGAAUAUAUUAAAAAGAUGAAAUGAUGAUGAAAGCGAUGAGGCGAACAGAAGUGCAUUAGUGUUGAGAAGAACGUACCAGUAGGGUUUGAGUAGGGUAAGAUAAGAUGAGGGCAAACCGUUCCCCUAUCCCACGGGAUAGAGAGUAUGCUUCCAGUGAGACCCGAGAUCACAAUUGCAAUAGUCUUGAGAAGAAUUUGUUCAAAUACAACUAUGAAGUCUGAAGUUACAUAAAAAAACAUGUGUUUUAUUAAGUAUAAAAGUUCAGAUAUCAUAGGACAAGAGUGGAACAUGAACAAGUCUAGGAAAAGUCCAUGUCCUACAUUAGUUGUUUGGGUGCCUAAAAAGACAGGCUUCACUGAAUUUGUUGAAGUCAAUGAAGAUAAUGAAGUGCAAGGAGGAUUUUCUGUAGCCAUAUUCUGUAAAGCCGUACAGUUUCUACCCUUCAAUGUUCGACCUAUUUUCAGGCCAUUCAUCAAUGAAACAGGGGGGAUGAAUGGUACAUAUGAUGAUCUUCUACGUCACAUUGAAGGCCAGAAGUGCCAGGCGGUCGCUGGAGAUGUGACUAUACGUGGCAAUCGUGCGCAAUAUGUUUCAUUCACAAUUCCCUAUCUGGCUGCUGAAAUUUACAUGCUUGUGCAUGCUACACCUGAAUGGAUCCAAACCCUUGGGACAUUCUUAAAGCCAUUUACUACUAGACUGUGGAUCACACUAGUUUGCGCAUGUAUCUUAACUGGAAUCGCGGUUGCCCUUUUAGAAUACCGUGCCGACAACCCCAAAUUCGAAAGCCCAUUCUAUAAGCAACUCUUAAUGGUCAUUUGGUUUCCUAUUUCAACGUUCUUCUUCCAUGAAGGAGAGAUACGUAACAAGUGCACUAAAGUUGUGCUUGUUAUGUGGUUGUGCAUGAUCUUCAUAGUACUUCAGAUUUUUACUGCUACUUUGUCCUCAUGGUUGACGCUAGAUCAACUGCGUCCCAGAGUGCCUUCAGAUCAUGAAAAGAUUGGAUAUCAAGGUGGUUCCUUCAUAAAAGAUUUGAUAAUUCAAAAAUACAAAUGCUCUGGAAAGCAUCUACAGGCUCUCAACAGCUAUAGAGAAUUUAAAAACGCUUUGGACAAUGGUAGUGUAGACGGUAUUGUUGAUCAUCUCUACUACAUCGAUCUCUUUCUUGCUAAGUAUCCAUCGGAGUACACGAAAGUUGGACCUAUACACCAGGAAGCUGGAAUUGCGUUUGCGCUACCAAUUGGGUCCGCUUUAUUAGAGGACUUUUCUAGGGCAGUUAUAAAUGUCACCGAAAGCGAAUUUAUGGAGGCAAUGAAGACUAAGUACCUUGGGUUGCCUAUACCUUCUAAAUCAAAAUCUAAUCGAGCACAAGCCCCACUUCCACAGAGUCUUGAUGUUAAAUGUUUCAUUGGAUUAUUUACAUUCAUGGGUAUUGUGACUAUAGCCGCGAUAAUCUUAUCAGAAGUUUCACUUCGGCGUAGAGGCAAUAAAGUUGGAAUUGAAGAAGAAGAAUGUAAACAGCAAGCUACAGCAUCCGAACAAGUUCAGAUUAAGAUCCCUGAUUAACAUUCGAGUGGGUGUGCAUGUAUAUAGUUUACACAGGCGAAAAACAUCAAUAUUUUACAUGAUGGUGUUCUGUGUAUUGAUUAGAAUGGUUGAUAAUACAUAAAUAUGAAACGAGUCGUUUGUUCUCAAUCCUCCAAAGAGGAAUGAUCCACUUUAA